AUGUCAUCUUAGAAACUUAUCAAAUUUAAAAUACAUCUCAUUGGUUAUCCUGGGUAGCAUUUUCUAUUAUUUUAUUUAGUGUUGGCAAAUCAGCUAUAACCAAAUAAUUUAUUGAUUCCAAAUUUGAUAUCAUAACAUAAUCCAUAGGUCUAGGUAUGGAUAUUAAAGAAAAGAAUGUUAUUAUUAAUAAUGUAUUUGUUACUCUUUAAGUAAAAACAAAAUUUGCAUUAGAUUUGGGAUGGGCCAGGUAAUGAAAGAUUUUAAAACGGUCUGGUUUAUCGAAGAUUGGAUUGCUUGAUUAUAGUCUAUGAUAGCUACGAUUAGGAUCCAGUAAAAACUCUGGAGUAUUGGAAUAAAUUGUAAUAAAAGUUAAGCAAAAGUGAAGAUAAAGAGUAAUUUUCAAUUUUUGUUAUCAAAGUUAAUAAAAAUGAUAUUGUUGAGAAAAAUGAAAUAUUGAAGAGUAUAUCUGUUUUAGAGUGGUGUAAAUAAAAUAGAAUCAAAUAAUUUUUUAAAGUAUCCUGCUAGGACAAUCUAAUAAUUAAUGAAACAUUUACAGAGAUUACAAAGAUCUUAUUAAGAUAAAAUUUGAAAUAAUUGAGUACAAAACAUUUAACAAUUAAUUUAUUUGAUGAUUCUUCUAAAGUUACAACAUCAUCUCAAAACACAAUUAUGAAAUCAUAACUAAAAUGCAAUAUGUAAGAAAGAUUUGAGUCAAUUCGAUGUUACAAUCAGCAUGAUUGUCCGCCAAGUAUUGUACUUCUUGAUAAUAAUCUUAAAGGAGUCAAAAGGUUAGCUUGUUCAUAAUGCAUUAAUGAAAUAAGUGGACGGUUUAAUGGCAUCAAUAUAGUUGAAGCAAUUAAAAUAAUAGAAGAAUGUAAGAAUAAUUUACUUGAUGUCGUUUCCGAUUCUAGCCAGAAUAUUGUUAGCCUUUUAAAUUGUUUAAUUGAACAAAUAUUAUAAUAGAAAGCUUUAAUUUUAUAGUAAAUGGAUUAAAUGAUAAAUUAAGUUAAAAAUUGGAUUGAUGAGAUUAAAUAGUUUGAGAUAAAGUAGUGCUCAUACAGCUUUAUUGAUGAAAUUGAUUAAUUGAAUAUAUCUAUUGAAAUUAAAAGAAAUAAAUAAGUUUAGGAACUUAGUUAAAUAAUUGAUAAUAUUACCUAAUCCUAUGAAACAAAAAUAUAAAAUACAAAUUAAUAAUUACAAAUACACUUUUAAAGGACAUAAAAUAUAUUAAGAGUAAUUUCAUCUGGCGCUUCUUAUGAGGAAUUGAAUUUAUUUAGAGAAUGUAAUUUAGCACAAGUUAAAGCAUUCAAUUAGUUAGAUUAUAAGUUAGUUUCAGAAGUUAGAAAAUAGGGAUAGUGCCAUGCAUUAGCAUUUAAUCAUAAUCAAACUAUUAUGGCGGCUAGUUUAAACAAAAACAUAGUAAUAUGGAAUUUUUCAAAAGGAUAGCUAUUAGAUAAAAAGGCUAGCUUAUAAGAUCAUGAAAAACAAAUAAAAUGUAUUGUUUUUAGUAAAAAAAAUAAUUGGUUGUUCUCUGGAAGUGAGGAUAACACAAUUAGAAGCUGGAAAGAAAAAGAGACUUGGUUUAGUAAUAGUAAAUGGGAAAGCAGUAAAGCAGACAAAAAACAUACAAAUUGGGUAAUAUAAUUACUUUUAAAUGAUUAAGAAAAUUAAUUAAUAUCUUGUAGUAUAGAUAAGACAGUUAAAAUCUGGAAAAUUUAAUAUGAUUAAAAUUCUAUUAAGUUAAUUUAGUCUCUUGAGAAACAUUAAAAACCAGUUUUAUCAAUCAGUUUAAAUUAAUCUCAGUAAUAAUUUAUAUCUUGGGGUGAAGACAAAUAAGUUAUUUUAUGGGAAAAAAACUUAGAAUAAAAAUGGUAAUUUAAGAAUAUUGUUCUCUUAUACAAUUCAAUUUAAGGAAUUAAUAUAAGUGUUAGAUUCCUUAUGGGUCAAUAAAUUAUAUGCAAAACAUAUAAUGGAUAGAUAGAAAUGUAUAAAUUAACAAAAGAUGAAUAUGAAAGACAUCAAGUAUUAGAUUUUGAUGUUUAAAAUUCUGAUGAGAACUAAUAAGAAUCUUAAAUAAUUUAUAAUAUUUAAACUGAAUUAAUAGUAAUUCAACACAAUAAAUGUUUUUAUUUUUUCAGAUAUUCUUUCGAUGAUUGCAAAUUGUAAUAAGUUUGUUAACCAUUGCAAUACGAGUAGGAAGUUUGCUUUUUUGAUAUUACAUAUGAUGGAAAAUACUUUGUUGUAUGGAUGUAGCAUCCUCUAUUCAAAUUUAGAAUAUAUGAAAUGAAUUAUAUUCAAAUAUAAUGA